CUCCCCCGUAGGCCAGGAGGGAGCGUGCGUGAGUGCGUGCGUUUGGAGCCCCGGACCUUCCCCUGCCCGUCCUCGCUUUGGCUUUGAAACUCAGCAAAGAAGUGGAACCCAUUGAGAAACAUCUGUAGAGGAAAAGGGAUGACAUUCUCCCUUCUCCAACUCUGUGGCACUCCUGAGGUUGAUAAUGCAUCGUCUCUGAUGGGUGAUACAUGAAAGAUGCAACCAAGGCUAUCCCAGGUUACAAUGCACACUCUUCUGCUUGGCCUUUGAAGACUUGGACCGUCUGCCUCCAGCUCAUAUUUCCAGAUUGAUUUCAUGUCAUUGCCUCUCUGUGUUCCAGCCAAAAUGACUCAUGCAAAAUUACAGGGUCAUAUAUGCAGAGCUUGCAGAAAACUGAGAAUAUCCCAUCUAACUCUACCUGUGUGAUCUCUGGCACAUCAUAGAACCUCCUGGUCCUUAGUUUUUUUUUUUUCUUCUUUGGAAUGUGGGAGUGUAUUCAGUGACCUCUAACAGUGAUAGAUUGAUGAUCCUAUGAGCCCUCAUUUUACAGGUGAGGACACAGAUGCCCACAGAGGUUAAGAGACGUUCCCUCUUUCUCAUACUCAGUACUCUAUCUUCAGCUCCCCCUUUCCUGGAAUACUCUCCUUUUGUACCUCCAUCUCCUGAUAUCUUCUCCUCUCCUGUCCUCAACUCUCUCUUCCUCUCCUUUUGUUAUGCCAUGCCAUAUUAUUAUCCUAAAACAUUGUAAUUUAUUUGUUCCUUUCCUUCUUCCCCCUUUCCCCUUUAUAAAGUAAGCUCUUAAUCUCAAGUAUAGGACCUUUUUUUUUUCUUCUUUGCUCUCCUAGCAUGGUGGCCUGGGAUGUACUUUUGUUUUGUUCAGGGUGGUGUUGAUUUCAUUAGUGUUCAGAAAUCUUCCUCCUCUUCAAACUCCUACUCCACAGCUUCCUUUCUGCCCUCUUUGCUUCUCAGAUCAGAGACCUGCUCUGGGGCCUCCCUCUUCUGAGUGGUGACUGCUUCUUCCCUGACCAUUACUCCUGCCUACCAAGUUGAAUGAUUCUGAUUUCUCUUCCACAAGGCGGCUCUCCUUAUACUUGAACAAAGUUGAAUUGCCAAACUUCUCCAUUUUCCGGUGACCACAGUGACUUUGGAUAUUAGCACUCCCAGGACUAGACUUGAGCUAUAAGGAAGGAUGUCUUUCAUAUUUGGGCAGCAUCUCAUCAAGCCUUCCGUGGUGUUUUUGAGGACGGAAUUGUCCUUUGCUCUCGUGAACAGGAAGCCGGUGGUCCCAGGACAUGUCCUGGUGUGUCCUCUGCGCCCCGUGGAGCGUUUCCGUGACCUGCAUCCCAAUGAGGUGGCAGAUUUGUUUCAGAUGGCCCAAAGGGUUGGAAAUGUGGUGGAGAAACACUUCCAGGGAACUUCCCUCACAUUUUCCUUACAGGAUGGGCCUGAAUCUGGACAGACUGUGAAGCAUGUUCACGUCCAUAUACUUCCCAGGAAGGCUGAAGAUUUCAGCAACAAUGACAGCAUCUAUGAUGAGCUUCAGAAGCACGAUAAAGUAGAAGAAGACUCCCAGCCACAUGGAGGUCAGAAGAUGACAUGGCAGCAGAAGCGGCUGAGCUCCGGGCAUAUUUCCAAUAAAGAAGCUUCCAGACAAGAAGGUAUCUUGGACAAAUUUCAAGGCAAGAGAAAGUGGGUCUCCUCAUCCAGGAUGUCAUCACAUUAGCCUUGGAGCUGAGCAGGAUUGUUUAUCCCCUCGAAAGAAUGCAGCGCCUUCCUUGAUGUAACCCUUUAUCGCCCAUGGGCCUGUUGUUAGAUGUAUGUUUCCAUCAGAAUGACUGACAGACCCUUUUUCCCUACGAUGGCUUUACUCGUGCCCAUUUUCCCCCUGGCUUUGCAGUUUAGACUGGCAGCUGUCCCUGGUCCUGCCUGGAAAUAAAGCAUUUGUUAAAAUGUC